UAGUUGGAGGGUUCGGGUAAAAAUGGCCGAAUAUUUAGCUUCGAUAUUCGGGACUGAGAAGGACAAGGUUAACUGCUCUUUUUACUUUAAGAUCGGGGCCUGCCGGCACGGGAACCGGUGCUCCCGGCUUCACAACAAACCGACUUUCAGCCAGGUUCCUCUCCCAACCUUCAGGCCCUUCUCCCAGGAACUUGGCCGCGCCCCCACCAUAGUGCUGCUCAACCUGUACCGGAAUCCACAGAACACCGCCCAAACCGCAGACGGAUCGCACUGUCACGUGAGCGACGUGGAGGUGCAAGAUCACUCUGAUAACUUCUUCGAGGAAGUGUUCACGGAACUGCAGGAGAAGUACGGGGAGAUUGAAGAGAUGAAUGUGUGCGACAACCUGGGGGAUCACCUCGUGGGCAAUGUUUAUGUCAAGUUUCGGCGCGAGGAGGAUGCAGAGCGGGCAGUGGCUGAACUCAAUAACCGCUGGUUCAACGGGCGGGCUGUGCAUGCCGAGCUGUCUCCCGUCACUGACUUCCGGGAGUCGUGCUGUCGGCAGUAUGAGAUGGGGGAAUGUACCCGGGGUGGUUUCUGCAACUUCAUGCACCUGCGACCUAUCUCCCACAACCUCCGGCGGCAGCUCUAUGGGCGGGGACCCAGGCGCAGGUCACCCCCAAGGUUCCAUACUGGCCACCGUCCCCAAGAAAGAAAUCAACGCCGGUCCCCAGACCACCGGCAUAGCCGUUUCUGAGAUGCUGACCUUCUUGCCCUCCACCCCUGGCAGGCACUAUGUUCCUGGCCAGGACCCCUCCUCAAAGCCCCCUUAACUCCCUAGUGCCAUCUUUUCCAGGCUCCGGGUCUCCAUGAUGUAAUACCUUCAACACAGGGAACUUCUAUCGCCCCGCCCCUAAUAAAGUUCUAUAUUGAGGGUUUAGA